UUUCAGCAUCAACAUGACGUCGCUGGAUGUUCUCAAAGAAGCACACCGGGCCAUACACCAGCACACAAGUGUCGCAUGCAUUUUUCCUGUUCGUGCACUCGGAAAUCCAUCUGAGGCGGUCCGAGAGAGCCAGGAAUUAGGGAGCAUCUCGAAUUGCCAAAGCUUUACUCACCGGACCAAAGCUGACAGUGUCUUCAUCUUGCACGCCAACUUUCACAGCCUUCUCGGAGAUGGAUGUGGACAUGUCGGUCACGCGAAUAUUCGUGACGGCGGCGUUGCAGGUCCGGUCAAUGAGGAAGCUGGUGUCCCAAAUGCCGAUUAGCCGAUCUUUGCUUUGCAAUCAAACUUCAUUCAAUCAUCGUUUCUUCUGCACCCUCAAGGUGUCUAAUUUCUCUUUAUAGCCGUUUACGUUUAUUGUAUUUGAAAUGUUCUCGAUCCUUCAACUUCUUAAGUUGUUCUUUCUAGUAUUUUUUUAACAUAAAUUCCCUGAUCCUUUCAAAAAGAUCAAGGCAUUUGUAGUAAAGUUUGUCCGAUGUUUUGUAAAACUAUGUUUUUCCAAAAUUUUGUCCAAGUUGAAUAGUUUAUAAAUGAAUAUUUGGAAAACAUGAAAAU